AUCAUUAUCUAGUAGAGAGUUUUUGUUAGUAGCAAACGGAGAAGAAGCGUUGGAAACCAAACAUGGCGAACGCAGAAGGUGCGUUGAGUUUGGAGUCACUUGCGUGCAUAGAUGCAAGCUCUCUGUCACAGUCAGAGCUUCAUGCACUAUCUCUCUCUUCUCUUUCUUCCUUUGACCUACGCUCUACGCAUGACCUUGUCAAUCCCAAAAUCGACCCUUCCCUCUUCAACGAGAGCGCUGGUUCACGCCGUCAGACCUACUCUCGACCCCGCCGUCGCAGCCGCGUCGCCGGCCUUCUUCCCACCCCUAAGCUCCCUCUCCCUCUCCCUCUCCCUUCCUUCCCGCAAAACGCCGAGAAUCGCGUGAUAAUCGAUUACCUGAAGCAAUUGAUCAGGGAAGACCCCAAAUUCGAUCAGGUGGAGCUAGCUCCACCUCCACCUCCACCUCCACCUUGUGUUCCCGAGCCUGAGCCGAGAGCUGAACCGGAUCUUGUGAGAUUUGGUAGCGGGGAGAGGAAGAGGAAGAGAGGGAGGAAGCCCAAAGUGAAGGUGCAUUUGGAGGAGUGUUACAGAGGAAUGGAGAUUGUGAACAAGAACGGCGUUCCGAUCGAUGUUUCCGCGUUGGCGAACUCCGAGGACCCGUUCGCGGAGGAGCUGAGGAGACGGACGGAGGGUUUGCAGAGUGAAGAGGAGCUGUUAGGGUUUUUGAGGGAUUUGUUGGGACAAUGGGGUAGCAGGAGGAAGAAGAGGAGGAUUGUUGAUGCUGCUGAUUUCGGUGAUGUGUUGCCUCUUGGUUGGAAGCUUCUUCUUGGUUUGAAGAGAAAAGAUGGUCGUGCAUGGAUCUAUUGCCGCAGAUACAUAAGCCCUAGUGGACAGCAAUUUGUGACUUGCAAAGAAGUUUCUUCAUAUUUGCAGUCUCUUUACGGUCACAGUGAUGCUCAAUUACAAAUUGUUCCUGGGAGUGAAAAUAUACUUCAGGAACAUAGUUUGACUGCUGAAAACUCUGCAGGUGUUACCCAUGAGGAUCAAGAUCAAUGGCAGAUUGUUGCAACUAACUCGGAUGUGCCUGGUUUAUCUGUUUCGAAUGAACGAGUGAGGGAAGUGGCCUUGUUGGGGAUUGACAAUCUUGCAGAUGUGCAGAUACAUGACCUGUUUGAAUGUCACAAAUGCAGCAUGACCUUUGAUGAGAAGGAUUCAUACUUGCAGCACCUGUUGUCUUUUCACCAGAGGACGACGAGGAGGUAUCGGCUUGGUUCUUCUGUUGGAGAUGGAGUUAUAAUUAAGGAUGGAAAGUUUGAGUGCCAGUUCUGCCAUAAGGUGUUCCUGGAGAGGCGUCGCUACAAUGGUCAUGUGGGGAUCCAUGUUAGGAAUUAUGUGAGGAGAGUUGACGAUUCCCCAGGUCAGGGAAAUGUCCAAAGGACAGACAUGUCUCCAGUCAGGGAGGACGUGCCUUCAAGGAUCUCUAAGAUGGAUGCCCUUAUUGAAAUUGCUCAAAACUCUAUUAUGGAGGAUUCUGUCAUGGAACCCCAUAGUUCAGCUAAACUGAAUAUGAUUCCUGCUUUAGAAAUUGCUGUUGGUGCCUUAGAUCAAGACAUAAACUUUGAGUCUCCAGUCAGUGAGGAUAGCUUGACUGACACAGAUGUGGUUCAAGAUUUAAAUGAGCAAGAUAGUCCAUAUUCACUUGUGGAUGGAAAAGUAGAGGAAAAUUAUGAUGAUAACCGAAUUAUAGAUGCCAGGAUGGUUACUUGUCUAGAUAACAUGGUUUUGUUAUCUGUAAAUGAGCAAAAUGUUAAUGCAUCUGAGACUUCUAAGGGAAAAGAUGAUGUGGCAUUGACUGUUGAGGCGUUUGAUCAGUCUGGUAUUAAUUUGGAAGUAGUUUCUCAAAGCCCUUUAUUUCCUUUAUCUGGCAAUCACAUAAUGCCCGAAUCUGAGAAGAAUGAGAAAUCGGGUUACACUAAUACUAGGCAAUUUGAACUUCAUGAAGACAAUUGUAAUAAGAGUGAGUUGAAAACUGUUUUAGAUGGCUGCAGGGAUGUACCUGUUAGCUCUAAUGUCCAAGAGAUAGUAAUGUCAGCUUCUGAAGAAAAUGUGGUCCAUUCAAGGGUUUCUAACCCCUCUAUAUCCACAGAGCAAUCUUUGGAUUGUUUUGCAGCAUUCAGCUCAGAUAAGGGAGGAAAACAAUUUUGCAGUGGUGACCAUGGACAUGAUAAUGCGAAGGGGUUCCGGGAAUUGAGGUUGGAUGAAAUAGGUAAUCUCGAUUAUGAUUUUGCAAGUGCUCAAGAUUCUCUUUCUCUGCCUGAUGUGCCAACUGAAUUGGCAAACAACACAGUGAUGGAAGGGACGUAUUCAUCCUCAGUUCAGUUUGAAUCACAAGAAGUUAUGUUAAAUAUGGAUGGCAGAAAUCAGCUUACAACUGUCUGUGUAUGGUGCGGAAUAGAGUUUUACCAUGAUGCUGUUAAUUCUGAAAUACAAUCAGAUUCUGUGGGAUUCAUGUGUCCAGCUUGUAAGGCAAAAAUCUCUGGUCAAAUCAAUGUGUUGGACAGUGGAUCACCGAAUGCUGACCAUCUUUAGACUGGUAAUUACGGAUUCUCUCGAGAUUAAUGGGUUGAUAAGACUGGUUUCAGUUGUCAUAUGUCCUAAUUAUUAUUGGCUUGGAAGAUACUGUAGUCACUAUUUUGUUCUGAGGGGAGAGCAUUAUUCUGAGAUUUUAUUAUACCAAACUUUCUAAUUUGGUUGUAUGAAGUUACUCAAGUCUCAAAAUAUGGACAAGUGUCUGAAAUGAUAAACUGAUGGCAUCAAUGGUCGGAGUAAUUAUUGUUUGUUGGAAGAACCAAGGGAUGAGCAAAAAGAACAAUUUUAAUGCAAAGGAAAAUAAAAAAGCAGUCACUGAAGAGAGAGAGAGAGAGAGAGAGAGAUUCCAAUUUGAUUUUCUCCUUUUACUAGAAAUCUAUUACCUGGAGUUGGCUCCAUCCCCUAUCUUUUUAUUUUUAGUGGAGUAUGAUGUGCUUGUCCCUAACUAGUAUUCUUGUUAUCGUCAUACUUGUCACAACUUAAGUCCUAGGCAAGCCUGUAUCAAAUUUCGUGUCAACUUCAAACUUGGUUUUUUUACUUUGGCAGCUGAAUGAUCCUUGAACGAUUAGUAGAUGGAGAUGAUCUAGAAGAGACAAGCCAGCUUUUGGGAUUGAUGGAAUGCAAUUAUGGUGCUUGCAUAGAUUGAUUCCAUUGUGGUUUUGAUUAAUUUCUCCUUGUAUGUUGUAUUAUCACAGCUUGUCCCGAUUAUUCGUGAGAGAAUCAAUAUUGUCAUGUAAUAUUGUAUUCUGUAGUCUAUAACUCCUACUGUCUUAGGCCUUCCAAUGGCAACUAGAAAGAUUGCAACCCUGACCAGAUCCAUUUUCUUUGCCGGAACUGCGUCUAGGACCUCUGGACCAAUGUUCUUUGGCUUCACUCUCGCAACCAGCAAUGUCGCCAAGUUCCUCAUCACUCGCAACCGCUCUACUAGAACUUCUCUGGUAUCUCCGAUUUUCUAAUAUUCUUUCAUGAUUUUAGGUUUCACAAUUUGUUGUUUACUUAUGUUUUAUUUGUAUUUAAUUAGAUAAUGCAGACAAAGGUCACCGAAAUUGAAAAGGUUUUAACGAAGCAUAUUACAUCAAUAAAAGGUUUUAACUUGCUGCUGAGAGAGAACCUUUUCAACCUAUCAACCUCCUCUUUUAUUGACGUAAUCUGCUUUGUUAAAACCUUUUCAAUUUUCGUGAACUUAUUCUGCCUUAUCUGAUUAAAUACAAAUAAAACAUAAGUAAACAACAAGUUCUAAGACCUAAAAUCAUGAAAGAAUAUCAGAAAAUCGGGUCCAGUAGAGCAGUUGCAAGUGAAGAGGAACUUGGCGACAUUGUUGGUUGCGAGGAGAACAUUGGUGUAGAGAUCCUAGAUGCAGUUCCGGCGAAGAAAAUGGAUCUGGUCAGGGUUGCAAUCCUUCUAGUUGCCAUUGGAGACUAUUAGUGUAUGUGCAUAGCUUGCUGAUUAUAUGUAGUAGAAUUCUUUAGUCAUAGCUGAUUAUUUCCUUGUAUUAGUUGUUACAGCUGUUAGCCAUAAGUUGUUACAGCUUUUUAGCCAUUUAGUAGUUGGUAGCUUGUUGACUCAUCAAUUGAGUUAGCCUUAACUCUACAGAGUUAGCUUCUUUUCUCUCUCUGU